AUGUGUAUCUCCUGUAAAGAACAAGUUCGACCUCGUCAAGAAGGCCUCCAGUGCGAUGGCUGCCUCCGUUGGCAACACCGCACCUGCCAUACGGGCGUGUCGCAGGCAGAUUACCGCAACGCUGUUAAAACCGGUGCGUCUAUUGACUGGCGCUGCUUAACAUGUGACUUCCCUCAGGCCAAAAGUUCAUUGUGAAUCCUGUCAACAGAUAUCCUUGAGUCCGAAGAGUUCAAUCCUCCAGCAGACUCGUCUGACCAGCUUACGGAGCCUUCGACCAUUGAUACCAGUUCAGAAUCUGCAGUCGGCAUAGAGGGAUCAACAGUGCACGAACCACCCAUCCAGCCGACGAUUGACGAAUCCACUAUCGAGGGACCAACACCUCAAGCAGUUGAGGAAGUAGACCAGCCACUGACUUUUCAGAUCAUGGAGGGUGCCAGCGAGAGGGGAAAACGGAAGCUUAUUGACAGCAACGGGUUUAGCUAUAAGCGUACAACCCAUGUAAUUUAA